UCCGUCGUCUGGCCGGAUAGUUAAAUUUCAUUGACCGCGAAGGAAAUAAGCAUCUGAGAAGAGUUCGAUGACCGGCUUUGACGUGCCGAUCAGAACUGUUUUGACAAAAUGCCAUACUACGAUGACUAAAUAAAGAACAAGAUGAAGAAGAAUACUAAGCAAUAGAAAAAAGACUAAUUUCAGAAAUCUAUCGCAAAAUGGAAGACAUUCAAAAUAACAGUUGCACAAAUGAAAAUGGCGUGUUUGGUAACUCUUAUCGYUUAGUAAUGUCGUUUACGUACUCUGUUUUAGCUCUGGUAACAACAGUUUUAAACGUUUUGAUCCUCAUUUCCAUCUGGAAGACACCAAGCCUUCACAAACCUUCCUACAUCCUGAUAGGAAGUCUUGGUUUUUCUGAUCUCAUCGUGGGUGCCCUUGGUGAACCACUCAUGGUCUUUCAUUUUAUCGCUACCCUUAAAUGCUGGCCCUUGAACAUUUACUGUCUACUUUCCAAAUGUGUCAGAGGUGUGGGUUACACAAUGGGCGCAGUUUCUUUGUUAACUCUGACGUUCAUAAGCUUGGAUCGUUUGCUCGCCGUUAAGUUAAGAAACCGAUAUCAAAGUGUCGUAACUAAGAAGCGUGUACUCUAUACAACACUGGUAUGUUGGAUGAUAUCGUGUGUUGUUUCAGGAAUAGUGUUUGGUAAAGUAAGAUGGAAUGCUACACAUAUAUUACCUUUGUUCCUCUUUGCUGGAAUUGGAGCUCUUUGUUCAGUCUUAACCAUCACCGUUUGCUAUUCAAUGACCUUCUACAGCUUACGAAAGAUCACCUCGUCCUCCGUAUCUCCAAGUGUCCAGAACGAAGAAGGGGUUGCACGUCCAAGUCCCAACAUUGAUGUCGUCAAAUACAGAAAAUYGUUURUMACUAUGUUYGUWGUUUUUAUUUUUACCAUUMUUUUUUAUAUGCCAUUGGCUUGCACUUUAAUUGCUUACRGYAUUGCAUCUUAUCACCAAGUUUCAAAGACAUCUUUAGACAUCAUUUCUAUCAGUAUUAACUCAGCCGAGCUCAUCGCACAACUUAAUUCGGCGGUAAAUCCUCUUCUGUACUUGUGGCGUCUUCGAGACAUUCGAGAAACAGUCAAGACAAUAGUUAAAACACUGUUUAAAAUAUUCUAGCUUUUGCCAUCACCUUGUUUUUAAUGGUACCGUCACCGCUUCAACAUACAAUCUCUGAAACCUUUGAACCACAGGGCGAAAGAGAUGCCUUAUUUCACAAGACCCAAAGAGUCAAAACAAUUUUUAAAAUAUUCUAGUUUUUGCCAUAAUUUUCUUUGUAGCGGUGUCGUCACCGAUUCACAAUACAAAGUCUGAAACUUUUGAACUACAGGCUAAAAAAGAUACUUUGUUUAACAAGAGCAUAGUCAAAACAGCUUGUGAAAUAUCAUUUUUACUUUUGAUGUAUCCUAUAUUCUCCCAUCUUAUGUUGUAAAUAAUUUGUUCAAAAAUUAGAGAACCACGCUGGCAAUCUCUCCGUAUCCCCUUUUUUUUCUUUUCGUUUUUGGGAUCGCCGUUCGUUAAAUUCUUUAGAAAAUAGCUUUUUAAGAAGGUUUUCUAAUUCCCAUGUGCUUAAAGUGUACAAGAACCCUUCGAAAAUACUUUCAGUGUUGAUUCUAAACAUAGUUAAUGGAAAUGAAGUAAAUACAGCUGAACCGGUAAAAUAUUUCUUGAUUUGAGCGAUUAUUCUUUUAGUUAUGAAGGGUUUAUACUUCCAAUAUGUUAAUGACUAUGGAGUCGUUGCAUUUUAGGAACCCAACAGAUUUCUUCGUGGGAAUUCUCUGCCUGGCUUUUUGUUAGCCUCUUUAUAAGUUUAAGUUCAGUAGCAUCUAAGUUCUUCCYAAGUUCACAUUAGCAUGAAUACUCAAAAAAAGUGUGAUCGCCCGGGUGAGUGUAGUCUUGAGAAAGUCUAUUGUUGGUGGUCAGGGUGACUGGCGUCUCGACAACCUAAAUGGUGGUCACCUUCAAGGUACCGUGAGAAAGCUAGUUUUAACGCUUUCGCGAUCGUCGCGGAUGAAAAGACUCAUUCCACACACAUUUGAUAUAUUAAAAUAAGUAAUUGCAAACGACCAUUAGACUUCAAGAUGCCACACGAGAAUUUUCUGUUUGCAAAGUGUCAAGAUGUCAUUACGAGAAGAAUUUUGUGUUUGGUAGUGUCGUCGAUUGUGCGGAUAUCGUUUGCGAUGAUCUAUACUCCAGUUUCUGACAUUUUAGGAACACAGCAAGUCCUUCAGGGAAAUUCAGUGAACAAAGAAAUAUUUACCAUUGACUUUCUUUUUA